CGCUAGCUUACAUAACCUCAGAUAGAUAACAUUAAGCAUAUCGCCAAAGCCAAAGUUUCUUGCAACAAAAUACGUAAACAUACAUUUUUUUGCAAUAUGAAUAAAUCGUUUUGGACAUUAUUGAACACACUGAAAUCUCGUACUACAGUGCCAUGGUGUCGUUCUCAUUUUACUUAUUAUCCUGACAAGUCACCAAAAGAAGUUAUUUCCACUGAUAAUGUUACUGAAAAAAUGAAUAUGGUUCAAGCAAUCAACAAUGCUAUGGAUUUGGUACUUGCAAAAGAUCCAACCGCAAUACUUUUCGGCGAAGAUGUAGGCUUUGGCGGUGUCUUCCGAUGUUCAGUUAACCUACGUGACAAGUAUGGAAAAGAUCGCGUUUUUAAUACUCCACUAAGCGAGCAAGGAAUAGCUGGAUUCGCCAUUGGUGUUGCUAAUGUUGGAUCCACAGCUAUUGCGGAAAUACAAUUUGCUGACUAUAUUUUCCCUGCAUUUGAUCAGAUUGUCAAUGAAGCGGCUAAAUAUCGCUAUCGCAGCGGUGGCCUAUUUGAUUGUGGUUCUCUGACAUUUCGUGCACCAUGCGGAGCUGUAGGUCAUGGUGCUCUUUAUCAUUCUCAAAGUCCCGAAGCAUACUUUGCACAUACACCUGGACUAAAAAUUGUAGUACCUAGAGGACCAGUGAAGGCUAAAGGGUUACUUCUAGCUUGUAUACGGGAUCCUAACCCGUGUAUUGUAUUUGAACCGAAAACACUUUAUCGAGCUGCUGUUGAGGAGGUACCUACCGAUGAUUACGUGUCAGAAUUGGGCAAAGCAGACAUAUUGCGCAAAGGGAAAGAUGUCACUCUGAUUGGUUGGGGUACACAGGUGCAUGUACUCUUAGAGGUGGCAGAAAUUGCAAAGAAAGAACAUCAAAUAGAUUGUGAAGUAAUUGAUUUGGUAUCUAUUAUGCCGUGGGACCGUGAUACAGUGUAUAAAUCCGUAAAGAAAACCGGUCGCGUUAUUGUGGCUCACGAAGCGCCUCUAACACAAGGCUUUGGUGCUGAGUUAGCAGCUUCUAUACAAGAGAAAUGCUUUUUGCACUUGGAGGCACCUGUAAAACGCGUUGCCGGCUGGGAUACACCAUUUCCACAUGUCUUUGAAACAUUUUACUUGCCUGACAAAUAUCGUUGCUUAGCGGCCAUAAAAGAUUUAGUAAAUUAUUGAAACUCGACGACGUUAAAUUUCAACGAUAUUUAUUAAUGACGCUUAAAUAUUGGAAACGGAUGCAUUUAUAUUUGUUUAUACAUACAUAUAUUUUUACGAAUUUGAUUAUCUACUUUUAAUGGUAACAUGUGCAAUUAUUAUAUGUAAUAAGUUUAUAAAAAAUAAAAACAAACUUCUCACCACUA